AUGUCCGAACCUCAGCGCAGCAGCCUGGAUCCUGCACAGGCCACACAGCAACCCCUGAAACGUACAUUUCACGGGUGCUUGACAUGUCGAAAGAGAAAGGUCCGGUGUAAGGGAGGCGAUCCAUGCCAGAACUGCGCUCGCAUGAACAUCACCUGCCACAGCUCCUUUGACACCAACCUUCGCAUCCGGGUAUCAACACCGACAGGCGCAAAAGAUGUAGAGACCACAUCCAGCUCCAGCCGGUCUUCAAGGCCAACGCCUUCAAAUCAACAAGAGUCCCAGUACCAACACCAGUACCAACACCAACACCAACAGCAGCAACAGCCCAUGGCGGCAUUCAUGACCUUUGACGGACAUAGCCAGUCCUUCGUCCCCGAAGACCCGAACCACUACGCCGGGUAUCCCACCUCAACCGUCUUCGGUGGUGGUUCGUCCACUUCAUAUGCUCAAGUCCCAGCAGUGACCUACGCAAACUCCAACAUGGCUGCGGCCAGCUCGAGUACCACUGGAAAUCCAGACAUGACCCAGUUCCAGUAUCAACAGCAGUAUCCAGAUGCUGCCGCCUGGGAAUAUGACUACCCUUAUGAUCCGAACGACCCUGACAACCUUGGCUAUGCCUAUGAUGCCUCGCUGGAUAUGAGCAGCAUGCAAGCUCCCCUACCUGACGACUCGCAGCAUGGCGGCCACCAGGACGCUAGUGGGUGGUAUGGAUAUCCGGCACAGGGAGGAGGGUCGGGCCAGCAGCAGAAUUGGCGGUAA